GCCGACUACGAGUUGUAAUUUAUUUUUAUUUUUUUCCCCCCAGCUCAUCCUUUUUAUCACAUUUAUUCCCUAUAUUAUCCUCCCGCACUGUUCAUCUCUUGGUAAUACAGAAAACCAGGAUUUUUAUCCCACAAUAUUUAUUACAGACAGAACAUGUGAUCAGCCGGACACUGCCCUGUGCUGUAUCCUGUCUCGCCGCCGCCUCCUUCUCCUCCUCCCGCCAUGGCCGCCCCGGUGCUCACAUCCAGGCAGGUUCAGAAUGCACACACGGCUAUGGACAUGUGGGUUCCAGAAUACCAGGAGAUUCGUGGGAAAAUGAUGACCGGACAUGUAGAGUAUCAGAUUGUGGUGGUCACCGCUCUACCUGCUUUCAAGUCAGCCAGACACACGGCAGAGGACGUGGUACAGUUUGUUGUAUCUAGAAAGUAUAGUGAGAUUGAAGAAUUCUACCACAAAAUUUGCACCUUAUACCCCAAAUGUUCCCUCCCGCCUUUUCCACGGAAAGUCUUAUUUGUGGGGGAGACAGACAUCAGAGAAAGAAGAGCUGCCUUCAAUGAUAUUGUAAAGGCCAUCGCCCAUGAGCCGGAGCUGGCUGCAUCACCGGAGCUGCGGGAUUUUCUAGGAUCAACCAUUGGUGACUUUAUAGAAGCAAAGAGCACAAGGUCAUAUGUAAACCGUUCUGAAGACGGAGACUUCUUCAAGGAUGAGGUGCCAGCAGAGGACCCUCUUCUGCAGAUGGCAAGCAAGCUGAAAAACAAAAAAGCAGAAGUACAGGAAGAAGAGGAGGAGGAGGAAGUGGAAGAGGUAGAUUUAGACCCACUUGGCAUCAUGAAUGGUCCGGAUGGCUGUAGUAUGGAAAAGCGAAUAAAGAAGAAAUCCACAACUAAGAAAAGGGAAGACCACAAGUUACCUUCCAAGUCCACAGUGGAUCUUUUUGAUGAUGAAGUUGAUCCGGAUGAAGAGUUGUUUAAAACAAAUGCAAAUAAUUCAGCCAAAAGCAAGAAAUCCUAUAAGAUGUCAGAUGAUAUAAAGUUAUUUGAAGAGCAAGACCUAGGAGGGAUUGUGAAGCUAGGCGACUCUUUGCUGAUGCCAUCUGCAUGCCGUGAUAAUCCUUCCUUUAAACCAUCAACCACAGAAGACACAGAUGCAUUAUUUAGGGUUGAAGAAGAUUUUGAGAAACUUCUGAGCCUUGGAAUGAAGACAAAGAAUAAGCCAAAGCCCCAAAUACCUGCCAAGCCCACAUUUCUUAAGGAGUCCAAGAAUUCCGCCAACCUGUCACACAUGGACAUAAAGCCCUCGGAGCCCAAUGUGCAGGCCAUGGACGAGUCAGAUAUCCUCCAGUACAUUAAAGAGAAUGAGUCUGCAGACAGUGACUCACUCCGUCUGUUUUGAAGGAUUGGUGCUGACCUUGCGUUCCUUUUGAAGUGUCCUUUAAACCCUGUAUAAACAGCAUUCUCUUCAGCUAUGCUCCCUAGUGAUGAAGAAGGUAGGCAGAACUUUAAUAUAUUCUGUAUGAUGAAAUAAUAGAUAUACUGCAAUUCCAAGCAGGCCUUACAAUCACUUUAUCUGCCCUUAUGGGACCGAUUGUCUGGUUUUAAGAACCCAUUGAAAUAUAACCUAUUAGAGAAAUCCAGCUUAAAAUAUGGGGACUCUGAUAUAUACGAAAGAGUGAAAGCAGCUACAAAGAGUGUUUCUCACACUGGCGGACCCAACAUGGACAGCCCAAUACACGGACAGCCCAUUGAUUUGAAUAAAUACCCUGUAAUGCAUCUUUUAUCCAGUGGUGGCGCUGCAAGGGAAGUAAACACUUGCUGCCAGGUUUACCAGCAAAGUAUUUACUAAGAUAGACAUGUCAGACAAUCUGACAGAUCCUCCUUAAGGGUACGUUCAGACGAGCAGACCCACAACAUAUUUUACGCUGCAGAUCCGCCGCUGAAGGACCACUGCAUGGUGGCUUUACAUGUGCCUGCCCGACGCCACUACGAGCAGACACAUUGCUAUGUCCAAGUUCCCGCGCAUGCGCGGUGUACUUGCGCACAUCGCGGCUGUUCCCCUUGCUCCAUGAGCUAGGACGAGAGCUGCCGCAAUGUGCUAGUAUACUGCGCAUGCCUGCUGCGACUCGCACAUUGCAGUGUGUCUGCUCGUAGCGGCGUAUUGCCGCUCCGAGCAGGCACAUGUAAAUCCACCAUGCAGGGGUCUUUCAGCGGCGGAUCUGCAGCGUAAAAUAUGCUGUGGGUCUGCUCGUGUGAACGUACCCUAAUUCAAGAGGGGAUACACAUUCAGGACCCUUAUUUUUUACUGGAUGAGAGAGUAGGUAAAGAAAUCAUGUCCUACUCUGAAGGGUUCAGUACAUACUUAUGUUAAAUGGGCAGUCUACUGAUAUCAAUAGGCAUUGUGUAAUGCUCAGUUUUACCUGCGGGGACACUGCAGAAAGAUUGUAAUAUCUUAAAGGGAUACUCCGCUGCUCACUGUUCGGAACAAACUGUUCCGAACCCUGGAGCUGGCGCCGAGAGCUCGUGAUGUCAUAGCCCCCUCAUG